AUGAUGUUAUGCAGAUCCAAGGUGGCAAAGACUUCCAAAAGCAAAAAGAAGAACAAGAAAAGGAAGGUGCAUAAGAAUGGUAAAUCAAAUGGAACAUGUGAAGCUUCCAAGAAGGAUUCACAUAAUCUUCAUUCCAAACAACAAAGUGCUGAAAUUGUUGAUGAGAGUGCGACCAGCAGGGGAGAGGUCUCUAACGUACUUYGRAUGGAAGAUGACAUUUUUACACUGAAGACUGAGUUUGAAGAUGGUUAUAUAGAUGAUGAAAUUGAUCCAGCUUUGAAGGAAAUGCUUGAUAGAGAAGUAGAGGAUUUUGCUCGGAGAUUGAACUCUAGCUGGAUUCUAUCGUUAGACAAGAAAGGCAACCUGUGCACUUUUCCAUAA